GACAACAAUUAUUGUGGUCAAAAUUUCCUCUUUUGGGCUUAGGAUCGGUUCAAUUUCCUCGCUCCUCUCUCUCUCUCUCCACUUCCUCUGCGCAGGCCACCUUGCUUCUGCGUCGUCGCUAUUGAUCUUCGCUGUGCUGCGAGCUCAGGCGGUUGCAGAAAAGCCGAUCUCCAUCAUAAGAAUCGAGACUUUGAGGGUGAGUUCAGUGCCAACCACCGGGUCAGAUCUGCGAAAGCUGACGCCUGCACUGCCAUAUUACAUGAUUUCGUAUUCAGUGCAUUGAAGGACACGUCCGACCGCAAAUCUCGAGGCGAUAAGUAUCUGCAUUUGCCUUUUCCUUUACGUUUUUGUUGUCAUCCACAUAGGUACAGACUGCCCUCUCUCGCUCUCUCUCUCCGUCUCUCUCCUGCAUUUCGUGAUCGUCAGGGUUCUGUGUCGAAAUUGUUUUUUUUUUUUGAAUUUUGGGGGUUUUUGUGGACAACAGUGCGUUUGAAGCUUUGCUAGGGUCUUGCGAGACUGUGAUUUCCCGGUACGUCCUUAAUCUGUGUAAUUUGUUUUUCUUUUAUGAAUUCCAGUUUUGGCUCUUCUGAGGAUCCGUAAUUGGUUGUUGGUCUGCGGAGCGACGAGAGGGUGUGCCCACAUUCUGAAGCCGAAUUGAGGUGUUUACGUUUUAUGAAUCCGUGAACUUUUGUCGCUCCGCGUAAUAAAUGGCCGCUUUUUUGAUCCGUUUCUGCUGGUGCAUUGUUUCAUUCUGUCGUUUAAAUUUUCUGUGGCUGAGGACAUAUUCGAAUUAAAGGAUUUGGAAGGAUUUUAUCUGCAACAAUUUUUGUCUCCAUGAGAGGAUGUCGUUUUGAAUAAAAUUGAACUCGGCGGUGGAACACUGGAAUCAUCUGUCCAAUUUAUUGUGAUGCAUAGUAUGAAAUGAGUUGAUUGAGGUUUUUAGGGGCGAUGAGUUGUUAUGUAUGGACGAAGGAAACUCAAAUUCCCCAUACUGUUGCCGUUUCCGUGUGAAUGGGCAGCGGAAAAAGCUCUAUGCAGGGAGCAGUUUUUAUGCUCAUAAUCCGAGAGAGGGAGCAGUUUACUUAUACUAUUCUCCAAUGUUUUCAUUGGAGAAUUAUUUAUGAGUUCCGGGGAGCCAUUACUGUCAUCAUCCCUUCGGGCGUUGAAUCCUUCAACUGUGGUGCAUUGCCAUUGGGUGAGAGUUGGUUCCUGCAGUUGCCUCUGCUCCAAUACUUCUUUCUCUUCUUCCAUUUUUGAUGAUACACAAAGUCACUUCCUUGAGGUGAACGAAGAUGAUGUCUCUGUUAGUGACGCUAGUUGGAAAUCCCUUGAACAAUCAGCUUCUCUUGCUUCCACAAAAGGGUUCCAUUCAAAGGGGUAAUUAAAGGCUAAUCAUAUACCAUCAGUAGAAGGUGUGUAGGGGGCGUUGAUACCUUGGUCCCAAUACAUUUCUCUCAUAUAAUCGUACUCCCAAAUCCUACUUUGGUUACGUUAAGCAGGACUAUUACUUCAUAACAAGUUUAACUUAAGAGACCAAAACUAGUAGAAAAUAGGUGAUAUAACCACAAUUAGGAAAACAAGAAGUUAUUCUGUUGAACAUGUUAUGACUCAUAAUCUCACACAUUGUUAUUACUCACUUAGUCAGUUAGUUGUCAUGUAGGUUGGGGCAGCCCUCCUCUAGGACGUAUCAAAAUUAGAAAAAUGCCAUUUGUUAAAAUUGUUUAUCUAAUAAUUUUGUGACCCACACAUGCAACCUUUUUUCUUAUUAAAUUCUGUGCUAAAUAAAUAAAUAAAAAUUUAAAUUCUUUUUAAAUUACUGAUGAUUUCCCAAAAUUUCACUCCUCUGUAUCCAACGCCAAACGCACUUUUGUCACCAUUCUUUCACCUUCUUAUCUCUUCUUUAACCUCUGCAGUUCACCCCCACUCACUUACAUCCUCUGCAACUUCUUCCUUUUGCAAACCCCUUCUAAAUCCUUGUUGUCAUAAGCCCCAACAGCAUAAAAAAAUCCACCCCCCCCCCCCCCCCUCUAAAUCUUAGUUGCCAAACCUCCCCCACCAACCAGUGGCGAAUGCAGGACCUAAAAUAAGAAAAGGGGGGGGGGGGGGGAGCUAAAGCUCAUGCAAAGUAUUUUUAUUUUUAAAAAUUUUGUAAGAUUGUGUUUUUAUAAUUAUUCAUUUACACUCAUAAAAUUAUUUUAAUAUCAAUUUAGACAUAAAGUUAGAAAAUUUAAACUUGCACUACAUUGGGUUUCAUCCUCAGUUGGAUUUUUUUCUCUACUUUUUAUUUUAAUUUUAAAAUCCUAAAUUUUAUGAUUUAGAACUUAAACCUUAUGCAACAAGUAGUCAAGUGGUGCAAUCCCAAAAAGACUUGCAACUUCAAACCUCUCACAUAUAUAGUAGGGGAGAUUUUUGUCAAUUGAGUGAUGGGCUAAGCCCACAUUGGGCUCAAUGCAAAUCUGCUCAUGCCACCAAUGGAUCAAUCCUUCUCAACUCCUUCCCUAUCAACCAAUCCUUUAUUGCAAGCUCUCUGCCUAUGUCAUCAACAUGACUCAUGCCUUCCCUUCCUCACUGUUGUGAAAGUCAAAAUGAUUGGGCCUCUUAACCAAGAGAUUUGUGAGGAUAUAUAAAAGUGAACUAGGUCUCUUAACCAAGGAAGACCCUUUUGUCCCUAAAAUGUCUCUCCGAUGGAAGAAAACCAAAGCGCCUUGAAUUUCUCAUCUCAUUGGCAAUCUCCAUUUGCUGAAGUGAGGUAGAUUGUUGUUUUCCGAAACUUGCUUCUUCACCUCCCUCACUGAUCUUUUUGACAAGAACCAAGAUUGCCUGAAAAAAAAGAAGCUGUCCUCUAAGAUUUUUGGACCAGAUUUGAAUUCGACCAAUGAAAGUCCUCUUGAGAUUGUUGUUUUAGAGGUUGUUUAAAUCAUGACAACCAUUUGCCAAAAUGGCCAAACAUGGUGAUGGCAAAUUUGUAGGAGAUGUGAGUGAGGCUAAUUGUUUAAUGGGUGCUAAAAAAGUUGAUGAUGGUGAUAAGGGUUUAGUUUGGAGGUUUUUUUUUUUUUUUUGGUAGUUCUUUAAAUUUUUCUAUAGUUGGUUCUAGCUUGGCCAUGAAGAAGCUUGUGGUGGGACUGGAUCACAAUGAUGGCUUUCUUGCUAUUAUUUCUGAAGUAUGCAGGAAACAUAUGUUUUGUCAGUUUAAGAUUGUGUUUUGCGGCGUAAAAAAGAUUGAACUCUUUCAUUCAAUCAGUUUUUGUUUUAGUUUAGCAAAGAUGUUUGAGAGUAUCAAAGAAGAUGAACUUCAAAAUAAUUAAAGAUUUCAGAGAUUAGGUCGUAUGAGAUUGGAAGUUCUCAAAGAUGGAGAGGAAGUAAUGGUGAGAAGAGGAUAGCUUGAAGGAAGCACGUGUAGAAGAGGAGUUUUUGUGAAUCAUAAUUUCUUAAAGGAGUGAAAAUAAAAAAAAGAGAUAAAAAUUUUAAAAAGUUUUAAAGAAAAAAAUGAAAUGAGCCGAUUUUGAAAUUAUUAUGUAAGCAUUUUUAAUGAAAGGUUAUUUUUCCUAAAGAGAAAAGGAGAAAUUAUUCCCACUUCAUUCUAAAAAUUGAAAGUUUAAUGACGAGGACAAAUUGAGUCGAUAAUUUACUGGCUGAUGAGCCCGCAUUUUACCCCAGAACUUAAGUUGUUUUUAGUUUUUAGAGCUUUACUAAUUACAACUUACUAAUAAUAAAAAUAAUAUGAUCACAAGCCAUCCACUGUCUUUAGCCUUUCCUAAUUAAGUUUGGUUUCAUGUCCGGCGGGUUCUGAUAAAAGAUCUGGAGAUCAAUGGACAGAGAGCUAGUGGAGCUGUUUGAAUCGGCGAAGAAGGCUGCGGACACAGCAGCGGCUGAUGGGGUUCCAUCGAGUGGUCCGGAGGUGUCGCGAUGCGUUGAUGUGUUGAAACAACUUACGAAUUUUCCCGUAUCGUAUGAUGUUCUUGUUUCAACGCAGAUUGGAAAACGACUUCGUCAUCUCACGAAACAUCCAAGGGAGAAAAUCCAGGUUGUGGCUUCUGACUUGCUUGAUAAGUGGAAAAAGAUAGUCAUUGAUGAAACAACCAGAAAUAAGAAAAAUGGUAGCAUAGAAAAUAAAUGUUCAACCAAGAUGGAGGUUGCAAAAGCAGAGACUGCCAGAGUUGAGAAGGUUCAGAAGUCAGGAGCUGUAAAGAUCGAGAAAGUUGAGAAAUCUGAGACUGUCAAGGUUAAGAAAAUUGAUAGAAGCAAUUUAGUGAAACCUGGGAGUAUUUCAACCACAGAAACUAUCAAGGUUGAGAAAAACAAUGGUGGUGCUUUUAAGGUUGAAAGGAUCUCCAGGGAAGAGAAACCAACUUCGAGCAUGAAGAAACCAUUGCAAGCACCCAAUGGCCCCCCUAAGCUGACUUCAAUGAUCAAGUGCAAUGAUGCUUUGCGCGACAAAAUUCGUGAGCUCCUUUUAGAGGCCCUGUCCAGAGUUGCUUGUGAGACCGAUGAGCACAUGAAGGAUGAAGUAGACGCAUGUGAUCCAAUAAGGGUGGCAGUCUCCGUGGAAUCUGUGAUGUUUGAGAAAAUGGGCCGAUCUAAUGGGAGCCAAAAAGUUAAAUACAGGUCUAUAAUGUUCAACCUCAAGGACUCAAACAACCCUGAUUUAAGGAGAAAAGUUCUUCUUGGUCAGGUUAAGCCUGAGAGGCUUAUUACGAUGGCUCCGGAAGAAAUGGCAAGUGAUCAAAGGCAACGUGAGAAUAAACAAAUCAAAGAGAAAGCCCUGUUUGAUUGUGAGCGUGGUGGCGCACCAAAAGCCUCCACUGAUCAGUUCAAAUGUGGUCGUUGUGGGCAGCGCAAGUGUACUUACUAUCAACUGCAGACCAGGAGUGCAGAUGAACCCAUGACAACAUUUGUGACUUGUGUAAAUUGCAACAACCAUUGGAAGUUCUGUUAGGGCAUAUUUUCUGUUGCAGUGAUAAUUGGGUGGUCACAGAUGGACAGCUGAUUAGCAGUGAAGUUCCAUCAUUCUUUAUAACGGUUCAAAAGCUUAUGCUUUGGUCUUUGUAUGUCUCUUUCAGACGAAUCCUUUCUGGCAUAAUUAAUUGCUAUAGGGAUAAUUUGUUUCUGGCAUAAUUAAUUGCUAUAGGGAUAAUUUGUUUUUCAAGCUUUAUCCAAGCGAGUUAUUUAGAUGUACAAUGUAUGGGUAGUUGCAGAAAAAAUCUGUGCCAAACCCUGAGUGCAUUUUAUUGAAUCUAAGUUUUCUUCCCUAGGCUUAUUUGGCUUCUCGAUCAUGUUUGUACCCAUAAUGCAUUGCUUAUUCUAUUCAAAGAGUUCUUAUUCUAUUCAAA